AUGGAGACCGAAUCAGUCAAGGUCGAUGUGAAAGCAACGGUUUUGUCGCAAUCUCCGUUGUUAGGUCACGCAAACACGGUGGUGAUCAGUCUAAAUUGGGAAGACGAAGAAUUUCUCGUCGACGAGAGCGAUGGUAGUGUCACGAGUCUCGGAUCUUCCCCGGCUUCUCCUUCUCCUCCAAACCCACAAAUCUUUCACGAAUUCAAAAGCUUCGCACCAAGCUACGUCUACAAACGUCUCAAUAGCCGAUUCCACGAUCCUGUCUUGUCCCAACAAAUAUCUGAUGAGAUUGUUGUCGAAGCGCAAAGGUCGUCAAGUCAAAAUUCACCCUUGGUGAUAGGUGUUUUAGUCACAUUGACACAGAGGGUUUACGUCGUUGUGCCUUGUAGACCUGAUCCGUCGUUAACAAGAGAUUUGGAAACAGAGGUCUGUGCUGUCUGCUUGGAGAAUCUGUCGGAGUCGGGAUCGGGAUCAGACACUAAACCCAACUGCGAAUUGCCUGAUUGUCUUCACCGUUUUCAUGAAGAAUGUUUCGUGAAGUGGCUAGGGAAGAAGGUGAGGGUGAAGUGCAACGAAGAUGACACCAUCGGAGACCUGAAGAAGCUCGUGGCGGCGCAGACCGGAACACGAUCGGAGAAGAUCAGGAUCCAAAAGUGGUACAACAUCUACAAGGAUCACAUCACUCUCAAGGAUUACGAGAUUCACGACGGCAUGGGUCUCGAGCUCUACUACAACUGA